CGAAGGGGUUUAAAAAAAGCAAAACAAUAUAGAAAACUUUAAUUUUAUUUUUCAAAUAUUUUGCAGCUGAAAGUCUUGAAAAUUAGUUUGUAGAUUUUCGUGUAAAUAUACCAAUUUUCUUGAGAUUUUAUAUAAUUUCUAAGAAUCUUUAAUUAUGUCCAACGCAUCAAUUAUCUAAAGAUUUUACUGUAUUUAUUGCGUAAAGAAAUUUAUGAUAAUUCUCAAAAGUUUUUUUCGAAAUUGAAUGAUAAGAUUUUUUUUUUUUCAAUAGAUUGCAAAAAGUCAUCAUGUCAUAGUUCAUUGAGUAUAUUUUCUCUGAUUGAUAUACAUUAAAAUGUAGAUAGCCAGUAGACUGAGAUUUCAACAAAGAUAUUAUUACUUAUUCUUUAUUUAAUUGAUAUGUUAGAUAUGAAAUAAUAGGAUAAACAUAUAUUUAAUCAAUAUUAAUCUCGAAUUAAAUUUAAUAAUUCGAAAUAAAAUAUUUAUUUAUUUUAGUUACUUUGAAAUAAAUCUGAAUGCUAAAUUAAUUUUACCACUGUGUCCAUUAAGUCAACAAGAGUCAAAGCAGGUUUAAUAUCAAACAUAAUAGUAAAACUUGCUGUAAAUCUUCAUAUUGAUGAACUAGCAAUAAGUGAUAACGAUUGGGCUGAUGAUGCGCAGUACAAAUUGAAGAUGAAGGUUGAGGUGAUAUUGAAAUUGAAUUAUCACCUGAUCUUGUAUGUUUUUAUUCAAAUAUAUAAAUUAUUUGUUUAUUUAAUAAAUAUUCUUAAAUUUUUAUUUUUAUUUUUAAGGCGUGAUGGAUAUUCACCAAAAUUAUUUUAUCCAGCAGUUGGAUUAAAAUUAGAAAAAUUAGUUAGACGUCUUCAAAUCGUUUAUCGUUUAACAAAAAAAAAAGGAAAAACUUCAAGAUCAACAAUGAAUUGA